GCUCCGCGGGCCACAUCGCGCGUGCCGGAACAGUCUCGCGUCGCUGCCGGAAUUCUGUUUAGUACAUUAAUAUUAUAUUAUUUUUUAUAAUAUUAUUAUAAUAAUGGACGGUCGUCGUCGUCGCGUGUCGCGCUCGUUGUUCCGUUUUUACAGCGCGUUCGCCCUGGCCACGGCGUUGGCCGCCACCGGAAGCGGCGGUGGCGACGUUGGAGGAGAUCCGGUCGCCGCCGAUUCGCAAUGUCCGGGCGACGGAUGUGCCGCCGUCCGGUGUCCCGUCCGCGACCGGGACGACGCAUGUCCGCUGGGUCUGGUGCCGGACGCGUGUGCCUGUUGUCCGUACGGCGUGUGCGGCUUGGGCGAAGCGGCCGCGUGCAACGCUGCGGACCGGCCAUGCGCCGACAGCUUGGAGUGCGUCAAGACGGAAGAUGUCGGCGGCGGCGUGCAGUACCGGUGCGCGUGCAAGGAGACGGAUCCGGUGUGCGGGUCGGACAAUAGGACGUACUCAAACAUGUGUCAGCUGAACGAGGCGGCCGCGGAGCUCGGGUACAACGCGACGCAACUCUGGGUGCAAUACCGGGGACCGUGUCAGUCGGCCCCUUUCAUUAGGUCAGCGCCCAAGAACUUGGCGGGUUCCGCCGGGCAUACCGUGGUGUUUGAUUGUGAAGUCAAUGGAUAUCCUGUGCCUAGCAUUAGCUGGCGUUUUACGGAUACAUACGGAAUCACAAAAUGGUUGCCAGGAGACGAUACACUAAUAGCGAUACAGACCAGAGGUGGGCCAGACCGUUUUACAGUCACCUCGUGGGUACAAAUCAUGGAAUUCAAACCCACCGUGCACACGGGAAAUUACACAUGUCUGGGCUCUAAUUCGCUGGACGUGGCUACGGCAUCGGCUGUGUUGGACGUCCGAAAGAUGGUUUAGAUGCGAACAAUACGUCUCGUUACAAAAGUUUGUUUGUAUUUUUUUUUUUUUUUUUACUUUAUACAUGUAGGUCUAGGUAUUUUUUUUAUUAAUAUUUUUUACUUGUUUUGAUUAUUUUUUUUUUCGAUGUAUAAUAUAAUUUUUGUAACUCAAAAGCUUGAUAUUGUAUUGUUUACAGUAGGUUCCACAUUCCACAUAUUAAGUAGUUUGUUCUUGAUUCGAAAAUAUCGAAAAUUCAUAUUUUGUCACAACUUUUUUUUAAACCGGGCUAAAAAUGUGCAAUCAUGUUUAUAUGCGUAUAGAUCACAGCUGCAGGUACCUACAUUUAGGUAAACUUGGUCCAAUUCGUUUUUAUUUUUUAUAAUUAUUUAAGAUUUUUCAGCGAACAGUAUACGUGUGACGAUAGGAUGAAUUCCAUUAUUAUUAUCUACCUUCCGAGAAUGUUUUUUUUUUUCAUUUCAUUAAAUAGUUGAUGUAAAUUCUUAGUUAGGUAGACUGCUGUAUACAAGCCCGGAUUAGGAUCAAUUUGGCCCCGGGACACCGUACACUUAGUGGGUCCCCUUUCAACUUUAACUAUUCAAAAUAAUUGUAUCAUGACAUAUUAACAAAUUUAUAUUAUUGUUUAAUUUUUUAAUGAUACAAAAAAUAUACAGGAUGUAUCUUAUGUCAUUGUA